GUUUCCGAAGGCGGAGGAAGCGCUGAGCCCACACCUCCUCGUCCCACCCCCUCCCCCCGGGUGCUGGCUCCAUGUCUGUGUGACCGGCCCCAGGGGUAGAGUCCAGGCCCGACGCGGGGCGGGCCGGCGGCGGCGGCGGCGGCUGAGGUGAGAGGCGGCGGCGGCGCGGGCACCCGGCCCCCCAGCGGGAGGAUGAAGCGGCGGAACGCCGACUGCAGUAAGCUCCGCCGCCCCCUAAAGCGGAACCGGAUCACCGAGGGCAUCUACGGCAGUACGUUUUUAUACCUGAAAUUCCUGGUAGUGUGGGCACUUGUCCUCCUGGCAGAUUUUGUCCUGGAGUUCAGAUUUGAAUACCUGUGGCCAUUUUGGCUUUUCAUCAGAAGCGUCUAUGAUUCCUUCAGAUACCAGGGACUGGCCUUCUCAGUAUUUUUUGUUUGUGUAGCAUUCACGUCAAAUAUAAUAUGUCUGCUGUUCAUCCCCAUACAAUGGCUUUUUUUUGCUGCUAGUACAUAUGUGUGGGUUCAGUACGUAUGGCACACAGAAAGGGGAGUGUGUUUGCCCACAGUAUCCCUCUGGAUACUCUUUGUUUAUAUUGAAGCAGCAAUUAGAUUUAAAGAUCUCAAAAAUUUUCAUGUAGACCUUUGUCGUCCAUUUGCUGCUCACUGUAUUGGGUACCCUGUGGUGACUUUGGGCUUUGGCUUCAAAAGUUAUGUAAGCUACAAAAUGCGGUUGAGGAAGCAAAAGGAAGUGCAAAAAGAGAACGAAUUUUACAUGCAGCUUCUUCAACAAGCCCUCCCCCCAGAGCAACAGAUGCUACAAAAGCAAGAAAAAGAGGCCGAGGAAGCAGCCAAAGGAUUACCUGAUAUGGAUUCCUCAAUCCUCAUACACCACAACGGAGGUAUCCCAGCCAAUAAAAAACUCUCCACAACUUUGCCAGAGAUAGAAUACCGAGAAAAAGGGAAAGAAAAAGACAAAGAUGCCAAAAAACACAACCUUGGAAUAAAUAACAACAAUAUUCUACAACCUGUAGACUCUAAAAUACAAGAAAUUGAGUAUAUGGAAAACCAUAUCAAUAGUAAAAGAUUAAAUAAUGAUCUCGUGGGAAGUACAGAAAAUCUCUUGAAAGAGGACUCAUGCACUGCUUCCUCAAAAAACUACAAAAACGCCAGUGGAGUUGUGAACUCCUCACCUCGAAGUCACAGCGCCACAAAUGGGAGCAUUCCUUCCUCAUCUAGUAAAAACGAGAAGAAGCAGAAAUGCCCUAGCAAGAGCCCAAGUGCACACAAGGACUUAAUGGAAAACUGUAUUCCUAAUAACCAGCUAAGCAAACCAGAUGCACUGGUAAGGCUGGAACAAGACAUUAAAAAGUUAAAGGCCGACCUGCAGGCCAGCAGGCAAGUGGAACAGGAGCUCCGCAGUCAGAUCAGCUCCCUCUCGAGCACCGAGCGAGGGAUCCGCUCAGAAAUGGGCCAGCUCCGGCAAGAGAAUGAGCUGCUGCAGAACAAGUUACAUAAUGCUGUGCAAAUGAAGCAAAAAGAUAAGCAGAAUAUCAGCCAGUUGGAGAAAAAGCUAAAAGCUGAGCAGGAAGCCCGAAGUUUUGUAGAAAAGCAGUUAAUGGAGGAGAAAAAAAGGAAGAAGUUAGAAGAAGCUACUGCUGCCCGGGCUGUUGCAUUUGCUGCUGCGUCUAGGGGAGAGUGCACCGAAACCUUACGGAAUCGGAUCAGAGAAUUAGAAGCAGAGGGCAAGAAGCUCACAAUGGACAUGAAGGUGAAAGAAGACCAGAUCAGAGAACUAGAACUGAAAGUUCAGGAGCUUCGGAAGUAUAAGGAAAAUGAGAAGGACACUGAGGUGUUAAUGUCAGCCCUCUCAGCCAUGCAAGAUAAAACGCAGCACCUGGAGAACAGCCUGAGCGCAGAGACAAGAAUCAAGCUGGACCUGUUCUCCGCACUGGGGGAUGCAAAGCGACAGCUCGAGAUUGCCCAAGGACAAAUUCUUCAGAAAGACCAGGAAAUCAAGGACCUAAAACAGAAGAUAGCCGAAGUCAUGGCCGUCAUGCCCAGCAUAACAUACAGUGCUGCCACCAGCCCCUUGAGCCCCGUUUCCCCACACUACUCUUCCAAAUUUGUGGAGACCAGCCCCUCUGGACUCGAUCCCAAUGCCUCUGUUUACCAGCCCCUGAAGAAAUGAAGGCCAGCAGUGUGUUUUGUCCAGGCUUUGGUUAUCAGAAGGCAUCGCAAAGGAGCGUCUCUGGCAGUCAAGAUUAAAAAAAGUUUAUAUUGUAUUUUGUGGGACUGUAUAUGUUGUCGUUUUUAAAAAGGGGGGAAAAGAUAACAUCCAAGUCUGAUUAGAACUGCCCACCAGUUUUUCUUGUAAGUUUUUAGAAGACCUCACAGAACUUUGCAGUUUAUUUUUCUCGGCCAAUACAUUAAAACCAUUCUUGGAUUUCAAGUAGCCAAUUUUGCCUUUUAUGUAUUCUUACAGUUUCCUCUUGAAGAAAAAAAAAAAGCAGAGUUUUUCCUUCUCAACCCUU